AAUCUACACAUUUUACAAGAUAUCAAGAUUUCAGUGUGGGUGAAUUUUGCGGAUAUUUCUGGAAUACAAAUAUCACAUGAUGUUUGUGCUUGUUGUGCAGGUUACUUGUACUCUACAAAGAACAGUUGGAUAAUAAAUCUGUGUAUGCCCAAUUAAUUAUUUUGCACAAUUAGGCCCUUUGGCCAGAAACUUUUUUCAAGUGGAAAACAAUGAUAUUGUGGUAUUUACUUCAGGGAUUUAGGAUGGGUUUAUCCGGACUAGAAUCCUCGGUCCUUUAGUUCUUAAAACCUUUCCAAAUUUUCUUUAUGGAAGUCCUCGCCUACACUCUCCCCAGGAAUCGCGGAUAUUGAUGAUAAUAAUAUAGGCCAUGCGAGCGCCGCGGUACGGUUUGAUCCUACGAAAAUUGCUCGACAUUAGAGCUUCACAGAGGCCUACGAGACCCUUCUGAAGAGUGAAUGGUCGCGAGAACAACGACUCGAUCUCUGCAAAUUGGGGAGAUGCACUCUGACAAGUUGGCAGUCAUUGAGAUCAAGGCUAACUUCCUGUCUUGUCAAGCACUAGAGGAUAUCACAGCAGGAUCUUUUUUAACUGAUCUCUGGGGUGCGGUGAAAAAUUCUCCAGAUUCUCACACCGUGCAAGUUGAGAAAAAUAAGCAUGUGACUCCUGAAGGGGUUAUGAAGUAUGUCAAUCAUUCCUGUGAUAGUAAUGCAAAAUUUAUCUUUGAAAAGCGCAGAGUGUCAUUUCCAACCCUACCUGACAAUCAUAAAGUGUCCUGGCAUAUGGUGGCCACCCGUAACAUCAAGAAAGGCCAAGGAAUCACCUUUGACUAUAAUGUAACAGAAUAUGACAUGGCCGAACAUUUCCAGUGCAACUGUGGUUCAGAGAAAUGCCUGGGUGAAAUAAAAGGCUUCAAAUAUCUGACGCCAGAGCAACAGAAGUCCAGGUCAAGGGAUUUAUCUCCAGUUGUUACUGAAUUUUGGGAAGAAAACUCUUGAAUUCUGGGUAUAAUAAAUGGCAUUCCAGUUUAAUUGCCAUAAUACUGACACAACUAAGUAAUCAUAUUUACUGUGGCUAAAUGUCUUGAUUCAAUAAAGUGAGAAUUAAAAGAGGAAUUUUUGCUAAAAGAAAUAAGUGCUGGUGAGCUACUGUUUAAGAAAUUUAACAAAAGAAGUAGCCUGAAAAAUUGGAUUACCUUGCAGAUUCUUUUUGGGCAGCAGUCACCAAGUAGUACUCCAGGACAAGUCAUGUGUAAUGUUACACAUGAUGUGUACCACCUGUUUCAAAGGGUAGUUAUUCCCAAUUUGACUUGGGGUCUAUCAGUUCACAGUGAUGUUAAUGCAGAGCUUACAACUGUGUGGUGUUUCCUGGACCGGUGUCACAAACAGAGAUACAUAUCUAAGGUGAUCAACAUCUAUGAUGUCUUAGAAAAACAAAAAUUUUUGACAAGAUAAAAUAUCAAGAGAAACAUCCUUUGAGAAACCUUAUAUCUGAACUGAAGGUCACAGAAUACAAUUAAUGACACAACCUAGUCACUGGCCAAAAUUAAACACAGAUCUAGUGAAGAACUAUUUUUUUUUUUUUUUAAUUUUUUUUUUGCCAUUCCUUCCAGAUACUAGCUGGGUGUUGAUAACAACCCCUCAUUGAUUGACAAAUCUUUGUUUGCCUGAUUUUACAUUGCAAUUAAUGUUUCCUCUAUAUGACUAUUUCCUUGGUGUGCAAGAAAUGAUAUACCACAGAUAUAAGAGAAAAAGCUUAUAUAAGGAAAAAAUAGUCAAUCAUUGAUACCUUUUCAAUGAACUUUGGGCUGAUUGGAAGAGAUCAUGUGACAUCUUUCUUAAUAGAAGUGUUACCUGAAUACAGAGCUGGAUAAGUGAGGAUUUCAGGUAACUAUCAAGGUAAACAUUCAGUGGUUAGUUUUAAAGGUGUAGGUCCUUUAUCCUUUUCCUGUAGUCCAAGCCAAAUAUAUCUUAAUGGUAUGUGAGCUCACACUGAUGGCCCACAAGCUAUUCCUUUGGUUACCUAGAGGUAACUGAGGAAACAGGCACUGCAUUCUCUAGUACAAGGGAGAAGUGUCAUACAACAGCGGCAGUAAACAUAUUCUGUUUUGUGAAACAAAUCGGUCCGUUCUUUACCUUGAAAACUGUUUAUAGGUCUUAGGCCUCUUCUGAAACAGUCACUUAUACCGUGUGACUAUCAGAUGUCUCAAUCAGCAACCCAAGCAUGAACCUCUUUUCUCUCAUAAUCGAUCGUUUGAUUACAACGUGACAAUUCCCAACAUGACUCCACAGAAUUGGUAGUAAAAUACAUUUCUAUUGAUGCCUUCAUUAGCCAUUCCGGGAUUUUGCAGGCUUAAUAUUCAGGCUGUCUGCAAACAUUGGACACCAAAAUUGCAGAAAUGCUUUUAAGAUCCAAUAUCUUCCAAUGAGAACAGCCCUUGAUCAGCCUUUUAACUUUGAUUGAAAACAAAGUACAAACAGUGCAGAGGAAAAAAAUGACAGGUGCGUUGCCGGGAAAAAUAGAUUAACAGGAAGCGAGGCAAA